UCUUUGUGGGAGCCGUUUUCUUGUGUGUUUUUUUCAAUUUUUUUAAAUGUGAUAUUUUUAAAACGCAAACAGUAGAGCAAAUUACUAUUUUUUUUAUUCUUUUUCAUUUCUUUGCAUUUUUUCUCUGUAUUUUAUGAAUAAGCUUGAUAUGGUAUGUACAACAAAUUGCAAAACAAAAACCAAAAUAAAACCACUAUCCAAAUUCCAGCUUUAGGUAUCAUCUCUGGAUUAGAGUUCAGUCUUCUGGUAUCAACAACUCUGUCAAAUGGGAGUAUUUGCUUGACCUCCUAUGGAGGCGAGGUUUUCCAAGCAAAUUUUGAGAGUGGAUUGCGGCUCUUCUAUGUUCCUCAUCUUCGAGGAUCCUCUUGAAUGGGCUGGCUGGUACUACCAUCAAGCAUAGCCAGGGACUACGACAAGGGGACCCCAUCUCUCCCCUCCUUUUUGUCAUAGCUAUUGACCCAUUGAAGCAAAUCCUUGAUGUGGCGACAAGGAAGGGCCUACUGCACAAGAUUUGAGAGAGAGGGGUGUUGGUGUCAGUCUCUCCGACACCGACACCAACAAUAAACUUGGAAAGAAACUAGUAAACAAACAGUAAACAAACAAUAGAAGAAAAAACCAGAAUGAAGAAGGUUUUCAAAACCGAGAUUUCUGUAGUACUUCCUGUGAUCGAAAUUAAGUGUCAUGGUUUUAGUUCAAAUUAGUACUCCCUUCGGAGUACUUUGUUAGCUACUAAUUAAAUGGGCUGGCAGGUUCGCUCGGUGCUCCCUUUUGCUAAUCCUCCGCUUUGUCGCAUGACAAAUUAGGAAACGGGGUGAUAGGAUAUAUAGCGACUUCUGUGUAAAAAGCUCGACAUGUAUCGGUUGCCGGUCUCCAGCACAACCAUUUGACUUCGUAGCAGCGUACACACAUAAGAGGAGUAGUCCUUGGGAGUCCUCGACAAGACUGACACACCCAGCUCAUCUUCGCCGUCCUCCACGAUGAUGAAUAGUGUGCUCAUGCUUGUCCGGCUCCUCAUCCUCUGCCUUGUUCUAGCAGCCAAAGCCACCGGCGAUGACCAACUCGUCUACUCCGGUUUCACCGGCGCCAACCUCACCUUGGACGGUGCGGCCACGGUGACUCCAGACGGCCUCCUCGAGCUCACCAACGGCACGGACCAGCAGAAGGGCCACGCCUUCUACCCGACCCCGCUGCGCUUCGCCGGAGGGUCUCCCGGCGGCGGCACCGUGCGGUCCUUCUCGGCCUCCUUCGUGUUCGCCAUCCAGUCCAUCUACACCGACCUGAGCGCCCACGGCAUGGCCUUCGUGGUGGCGUCGAGCAAGAACUUCUCGUCCGCGCUGCCCGGCCAGCUCCUGGGCCUCACGGACAUCCAGAACAACGGCAACGGUAGCAACCACUUCUUCGCCGUGGAGCUCGACACCAUCCAGAACAAGGAGUUCGACGACCUCAACGCCAACCACGCCGGCGCCAACGUCAACGGCCUCCGGUCGCUGCAGUCCUACUACGCCGGCUACUUUGAUGACGAGGACGGUAGCUUCCACAACCUGAGCCUGAUCAGCCGUGAGGCCAUGCAGGUCUGGGUGGAUUACGACCACAGGACUGCACAAAUCACCGUCACCAUGGCUCCCCUCAAGGUAGGCCGACCAGUAAGGCCGUUGUUCACCACCACCUACAACCUCACCACCGCAGUGACAGACGUCGCGUACGUCGGUUUCUCCUCGGCGACCGGCACGAUCAACGUGCGACACUACGUGCUUGGCUGGAGCUUCGCCAUGAACGGCCCAGCUCCGGCCAUCGACAUCGCGAAGCUACCAAAGCUUCCGCGCAUGGGACCGAAGCCACGAUCCAAGGUGCUGGACAUAGUACUGCCAAUAGCUUCCGGAGCGUUCGUGCUCGCCUUGGGCGCCAUUGUUCUCCUGGUAUUACGGAGACGUUUCCGGUACGCCGAGCUGCGAGAAGAUUGGGAGGUCGAGUUCGGUCCACAGCGGUUCUCGUACAAGGACCUGUACCGUGCAACGGAAGGUUUCAGCGACACGCACCUGCUAGGAAUCGGAGGAUUUGGGAGGGUGUACAGGGGCACCCUUCUGGUGUCCAAAGUGGAGGUUGCUGUGAAGAAGGUUGCACACGACUCGAAGCAGGGCAUCAAGGAAUUCAUCUCGGAGGUCGUGAGCAUAGGACGUCUCCAACACAGCAAUCUUGCGCCAUUGCUAGGAUACUGCAGACGAAGAGGCGAAUUGUUUCUGGUGUACGAGUACAUGCCAAAUGGGAGCGUUGACAAGUACUUGCACCGUAGAGAAGGCAAACCCAUUUUGAAUUGGGCUCAGAGGUGGCACAUCAUCAAAGGCAUUGCGUCAUGUCUGGUCUACCUUCAUGAAGAGUGGGAGAAAGUGGUCAUCCACCGCGACAUCAAAGCCAGUAACGUCCUCCUCGAUGGUGACAUGAAUGGAAGACUCGGUGACUUUGGCCUUGCAAGGUUGUACGACCACGACGCCGACCCCCAAACCACACAUGUGGUGGGAACCAUAGGAUACCUUGCUCCUGAGCUUGGGCAUACUAGCAAAGCAACCCCUCUCACUGAUGUGUUUGCGUUUGGGGUGUUCAUUCUUGAAGUUACUUGUGGGCAGAGGCCAGUAAAUCCAAACUUAGAGGAUAGCCAAGUAUUGUUGGUCGAAUCGGUGCUCGAGCAAUGGAACAAGGGAUCGCUCCUUGAUGCCGUGGAUAAGCAGCUUGGGGGCAACUACAACGCCGACGAGGCAUGUUUGGCUCUAAAGCUAGGCCUGUUAUGCUCUCAUCCAUUCGCCAAUGCAAGGCCUACUAUGCGACAGGUGAUGCAGUACCUUGACAGGGACAUGCCAUUGCCGGAGAUGACACCGACGGAUUUAAGCUUUCAGAUGAUGACCAUAAUGCAGAAUGAAGGAUUUGACCAAUUUGUCAUGACAUAUCCUUCAUCAACAGCGAGUGUUGACAGCACAUCCGUCCUUACAGUUGGGAGGUGAAUUGCAUGAUCCUCACUGUGAUAUGUGAUUGCGUCAUUGUCUCUUGUUAGUGUCUGUUUGUUUCGAGCUUUGUGUUCUUUUUGCUUGUUACUUUUGUACAACGUAAUGGAUGUUUGAUACUCUAAUCUUAACAAAUAUGGAUGUGUGCAUCGUA